AUGCAGACAUCCAAGCCCUUCAUUCUCUUCUUCAGCCCCGUCAGGCACGCCAAGGCAGCAUUUGAAGAGCUGCACGAGGUUGCGAGAGUUGAACUGGUCACCAGCUCGAACAGGCAAGAAUUCUUCAAAGAUGUUGAGGAUAAGUAUAAGGACAUUCAGGUGAUUUACAGAACAUCAGCAAGCGGUGCCGUCGCGGGGAACUUUGACGUCGAAUUCAUUCAACACCUUCCAGCAAGCUGCAAGUUUAUCUGCCACAAUGGAGCAGGGUAUGAUCAAAUUGAUGUUCAGGCUUGCGCCGAUCGAGGAAUCACCCUCACAUACGCGCCUGACCCGGUCACCAAUGCCACAGCCGACUUGGCUCUCUGGCUACUACUCGGAUCGUUGAGACAACUCAACCCAUCACUUGGUUCCUUGCGCCGGGGAAACUUCAAGAAGGGCAUUGAUUUCGGCCGCGAUCCGCAAGGCAAAGUUCUCGGUAUCCUAGGAAUGGGACGCAUUGGCCGUGCCCUCAAAAGCCGAUGCGACCCCUUUGGUAUCAUCACGCACUAUCAUAAUCGCUCAGAACUUCCCCCGCAGCAAGCAACCGGGGCAAAAUAUGUAUCCUUCGAACAGCUCAUGUCCGAGAGUGAUAUAAUCAGCAUCCAUGUUCCACUGAACACUGCGACAAGGCAUCUUAUAGGUGCCCAAGAGAUCAGUAAGAUGAAAGAUGGCGUUAUCAUCGUAAACACAGCCCGAGGUGCUGUUAUUGACGAGAAUGCACUGGCUGAGGCACUGGAUUCAGGGAAAGUUGCGUCUGUUGGUCUGGAUGUUUACGAGCAUGAACCUAAGAUCAACGAGCGUCUUUUGAAGAACGACAGGGCUCUUCUUGUGCCGCAUUUGGGGACACAUACUGUAGAGACUCUGACCAAGAUGGAAAAGUGUGCUAUGGAGAAUGCGCGGCGGGCUGUUUUGGGGGAGUCCCUUCUUACACCUGUUCCAGAGCACGCUGGGCUCCAAUCUUGA